ACGACGGCGACGGGGCCUCCGUCUCCCAUGGCCGGGACGCGCUGGGUGCUGGGCGCGCUGCUCCGGGGCUGUGGCUGUAGCUGCAGCAGUUGCCGCCAGACCGGCGCGGCCUGCCUCCCUCUGCGCCCCGCCGCCGCCCCCUCGGUCGCCCCCUCGGCCUCCUUCGCCGCCGCCCCCGACGCGCUCGGCCCCUCAGGCCGCGGCCGCCGCCUCCUGCCUUUCCUCGGGGCAGCCACGCAGAGCCGCGGCUUCGCCGGUUCCGCCGGGCCGCUGCCUGGCUUCGGCGCCCUGCGGGGCUCGCUGCUUUCUCCGGGCCUCGCGGGGAGGUGCUACAGCCGGGAGCCCACUACCCCGUUUCAGGAUGACUAUCCUCCCCUCUCCGAAUAUGAGCCGCAUCCACCCAAGCCGAGCGAAGAAGACGACGUGUAUCUCAUUCGAGCCCAGGGUCUGCCUUACUCCUGUACUGAGGAAGACGUUCUCAACUUUUUUACAGGCAGCAAGAUUCGAAACGGUGUGCACGGCAUACACUUCCUCUUAAACCGCGACGGUAAACGCAGAGGAGACGCUCUGGUUGAAAUGGAGUCCGAACAAGAUGUGCAGAAGGCCUUGGAGAAGCAUCGGAGGUAUCUGGGCCAGCGCUACGUGGAAGUUUUUGAAAUUCACAAUGAGGACGUCGAAACCAUCAUGAAGAGUCUGCAAUCCGGUUCAGCUUCCGUGACCAACGACGGCGUCGUUCGACUGAGAGGCCUUCCGUAUAGUUGUGUCGAAGCGGACAUUUCUGAGUUCUUCUCAGGCUUGACCAUAGUUGACAUAACGUUCGUCAUGGACCAGAGAGGAAGGAGGAAAACGGGAGAGGCGUUUGUGCAGUUUGCCACACCUGAAAUGGCUAAUCAAGCUCUGUUGAAGCAUAAGGAAGAGAUUGGGAACCGGUAUAUAGAAAUCUUUCCAAGCCAGAGAAGUGAAGUUCGCACACACAACGGUUUCUACCGGGGUAGGAAAAUGAUGGGUUACCCGGCCAUGAAGCAAGACCCUGAGUCCGUGUUUGAGGAGAACGAACUGUGUGAGGCCUUGAGACCUGCCACAGCUUAUGAAAGUGACCCAGAAAAUGAGGUUUUUAAGCAAGCGUUUGAAAAGCCUCGUGAGGUGUCGGAAUCCGGGAGCUUCUCCUCGCUUCACUUUGUCCACUUGAGGGGCCUGCCUUUUCAAGCGACCGCCCAAGAUAUUAUAAAUUUUUUUGCUCCCCUGAAACCGGUGAGGAUCACAAUGGAAUAUAACUCAAGUGGGAAGGCAACAGGAGAAGCCGAUGUGCACUUUGAGACUCACGAGGAUGCGGUUGCCGCUAUGGCCAAGAACAGGUCUCACGUGCAGCAUAGAUACAUUGAAUUAUUCCUGAAUUCAUCACCAAGCAGGAAAAAUGGUUGCCAGUGACAAUAGCAUAAUUCCCAAAGUUUAGGAUAAAUAUGCAUUUCAUUUGCACACUUUCCUAGUGCUGGAAAGCAGGAGCCCCCUGCAACUAGCAAGGAUAGAAUCUAAAAGGACACUUUGUUUUCUGAAUUGCCUUUCAAAGAAUAAUAA